GCUGAACGAGUUAGGGUUGCUGACAAUUUUCCUCGUGAGCUUGAGGGGGGCUAUAAGUGAAGAUUAUAAAGAUCAGGCAGUGCAGAUAUCAAUGCAAACAACAAUCUCCCCAAUUCGGGACAGGAAAAAUUCUUCGAUGAUCAAACCCGGAUAGUUCCGGAAGGUUCUGGAUUCUUUUACCAUGUUAGAGAAAGAGAACCCGAUAGUGGUUUCCAAGAGAAACGGACUGUCAUAGGGCCCAACUUAUUUGGGCCCAAAUAAACGUAUUAUAGGCCCAUUUUCCUAACACCGACCACGCACGACGUACUACCGAAUGGAGGGGGUUGGUUCACCCUUACAUUUUUCUCUUGGGGCUGCUUCGUUUUUGGUUUCGAUCACUCUUUUUGAUCUUUUUCUUCUCGGCCGAUCAGUUUCUCGGACUUUCUAGGCGAUUUCCCUUCCCCCCCAGACGUUCCCCUGACGCUUUCUUUGCAGCAUUUUAGUCCCUCAGAUCUCCGAAGGCGAAGUUUCACUCGCCACAUCGAUCUCCACACAUCACCACUGAUGACAGUUGCAACGCUCAAGGCCUCUAGUUCUACAGAAUUGAUGAAAUCAGAGGGAAAUGAUACCGUAGACACCAUCAUCAAACAAACAAUUGGAAAAGACCCUCUUUUAUCUUUCUCGAGGGCUGUGGACAGCCCAGCACAAUGGAUCCAAUUACUACAUGCUUUGGAUCAGCAACAUGCUUUGGAUCAGCAAGAAUUCCAAGGUUGGCCCUUUUCCUCUCUGAAGGUGCAGAUGCAGAAUUGUGACAAGUGCUCUCAAGAAUUCUGUUCGCCCAUCAACUAUAAAAGGCAUAUACGUGUGCACCACCGGUUGAAAAAGCUUGCUAAGGCUUCUACUAAAGAUAGGGAUCUGCUGGGAGUGUUUUGGGAUAAGCUCUCUUUGGAAGAGGCAAAGGAAGUUGUGUCAUUCAAGAACGUGAUUUUUGAGGGAGUUCCAGGGUCUUCAAUUGUAAAGUCAUUGACAACACUUGUGAGAUCAGGGGUUGCAACUUUGCCACAAGUUUAUUUGAGGGCUGGUUCUGCCCUUUUGGAUGUCAUCCAUGCUCGGCCUUCUAGAUUCCCUAUGUCAUCCUUGGAGUUAUUUUGUAUCCUUGAUGAUGCGAGUGAGAAAACAUUUCUGUGUGGGACAGCCGAUUUGAUGCAGAAGUAUGUUUUUCAUGGGGAAGCUGGGAAGAGUGGCUUUGAAACAAAAAACUUAGUUGCUUGCACCAGCUUCUUGCUGGAACAGAAAUUGGUCAAAGCAUGGCUUGCAGAUAAGGAUGCAGAAGCUUUAAGGUGCCAGAAGUUACUGGUGGAGGAAGAAGAAGCUGCUCAGAAAAGGAAAGCUGAGUUGUUGGAAAGGAAAAGGAAGAAGAAAUUGAGGCAAAAAGAGCACAAAGCAAAGGAGCUUAAACAUGUGGAAGCAGAUGUUAACGAAUGCAUCAGUAAUACUCUGGAGGCACCUAUGAUGCCUGCUGAAAUAACCAGCCCUUCAGCCAUAUGUGAUUCUGGUAUGUCCGUCCCAGAAAUGCUGCCAGAUCAAGUUCACUUAUCUUCUGAACCAUUCGAACUCUCAAACUCAGAUGAAGAAGCAGGUCCUGAAUCUCAAUCUGGGUAUGGCUGUGACUGUACCAGUCGGAAUGUUGAACGGCAGACAGUGCCAGGAUGUGUUCGUCGGCAAGGAGUUGUUUCUCGAUGGCAAUUGCCCGCAAAAUUGCAGAGGGGAGUGCCAAGUGGCUACCAUUCAGGUCAAAAUUCUCAAGCAUCAAAGCUUGGGGCUAUGCAAAAGCUUGGGAUCUACCGGGGUUUGAGGACUUCUCCAGUAGCCAACACCAAUAAAGUAUGGAGUCGAAAACCUAAGCCUGAAAGUGGUGGGGAGGUUAUGAAAGCCAGAGUACAGGAAGAGGAGAUAAACCGACAAGAGCAAAGUAAGACUAAUGAGGUUUUGAUUGGCUCUAUAUGUGUUACACUUAGAAAUUGUAGCCAAGAGGGUAAUAAUCUGGCUAGAGCUGGUGAAGAUAACCUGUCAGAGCAUCAAAUACCAAAGAAGGCUGACAUUCAGGAGAAGUCCGCUAAACCUGAUUCUCUUCUGAGUGGCACAAAUCGAUCAACAGUUAAGCUCUGGAGGCCAGUGAAUGGUAAUGGUGGCGGUAGGAACAGUGAUAAAUUCUUGGAGGAAAUUGUCUGUCCUGGAAGCGCUGUACGUGCUGCAAAAGUUUUUCUUGCACAGAAAUGGAAGGAAGCUAUAGCAGCCGACCAUGUGAAAUUGGUUCUGUCCCCGCGUUCCUCCAGGAUGCCCAGAGGCAGGAUGUGGAGUAGCGAUUCAGUCAUCAAAUUUCCAUAAAUGCAGCAUUCUCGGCAUUGCAAACAACUGGUUGGUUAAUGCAGGUGGUUUUGAGUCUUCAACAGCCAGGAAUGUUAAUAAUUACAGGACUAAGUCUGAAAAGGUUAUGAACAGAAAGUACAUUCCCAAAAUAAGCAAUGCUACCUAGUAAGGGGGAAAAGAGGAGAUUUGUUUCUUUUACAAAUGUGCACAGUUCAACUCACCGUCGUGUUGUUAGCAGAUGUUCCAGUUUUACAGAUGGUCUUCUGUCGGAAAAUUGAAAAGAAGUUUUGCCGGAAAAUCUUUGUACAAUUCCGUACUUUUUCUGCAGAUUUAUUAGUGAGUAUUUUUUUUUUUUUGGUAAGUCUUUUCUCUUUGGCUUAAUAGUCUAUUUUAUUUUGUAAUAAAUUUGGUGUUUAAUUAAUGCAAAGGUCAACCCUUUUUGUCUA